UGGAGGAUGUGGGUGAUAUUACUGGAGUUCCUUUCCGUAAAACUUAGUUUGGAAAGUGACGGAUAACUUCCCAUAAAGGGAAUGAAUUCCGUUAACAGGAACACUGUUUGUGUUACUAUGACUGUUUGGUUGCAGGCUCUCGUCCUCCUUUUCUGCGUCCUGAACUGUGUGGAGUCUUCUCCUCCAUCUCCGCUCCUCCAGAGGAGCAAAUAUAACAACUCCUUUCGUCUCGCCAAGUCCACCAGAACCCGUGUCCAGCUGCUGCAGAGGAAAUAUAAGGAGCAGCAGUUAGGAGAUAAGCACUUUGAGGACAGAAGCGGGCAGUUAAAGGACCUGCCAUCACUAUCUACAGAUUUCUCCAGCUGGCUAAAGCUAACGGACUUCGAGCGACUGCAUGCUGCCUUCGGGGAUCUGCAGGCUUAUUGGAAUAUGCUGGAGCGGAAGAGAAAACAGCUGGAGAAGGAGGGGAAAGAGCAGAUGGGGGGGCGGGAGCGGGUGCGCAACACUUUACCUCAGAGCAUCAGACACAUUCAGCUGGACCUGAGGGACCUGAUGAGCCAAGUCAGCAGCCAGGUAUCCACAGAACUCAAGUCCACUAUGAGUUACAUUAAGAGCUCUUGGAUAAAGCCAACCAUCCCUACACCAGUGAACCCUCAAACCAGAUCCAAAACCGUUUGGGACAGCCGAGUGGAGGGUUACAUCAUCCUGAGAGAUCUAGACCUUUACCUCACCAGGCUGGCAAGAGACUUCCUCCUCCUGGCUUCAAAAACUGGCUUAUGAGUCAGGAGUGGAAACACAACACACACACAUGCACGCAAUUAUGUGCUGAACUGACAUUCAGCAGGUAAUUGGCAUAAUAGUUUAAUCAGUGGUGUUGUCAUUAUUUUUUUACAUGAUGUCUUACUGUUUAUUUAUGGGCUUUCUUGGGUAUUUCCCACAGUUUCU